GAUGAGAGAGGGGCUGCUGCCAUCUUAAUGACGCAGCUGGAUGACUUCUUGGGUGGAGCUCCAAGACAGUUCACGGAGUUUCAAAACCAAGAGUCAGUCACCUUUCUGGGCUAUUUCAAGACUGGCAUCAAAUACAAGGUGAAACAUGAUAUCUGCAUGUUGUUUUCAUGAUAAAUCAUUUAAAACAUCUUUUCACAGAAAUAAAAAAGCUGUGACCUCUGCCUUUAGGAACCAAGAGAGAUUAUUCAUUUAUUUGUACGAGACAACAAAAGCAAAUCUUGAGCUACCAAGUGAAAGCAAUGUAAUGACCUAAGCUAAAGGGGUUGUUUAAGUAUUGUAUGUUUAUAUGGAAAGUAGAAUUCGUCACUCGUGCUAUUUUGGGAACUGUUUGGAGUUGUGGUUGGUUGCUCCCUCAGGUUUUCCGCUGAAGGCUUCCAUGGAGAAAACAUGCAGAAACAUGCUCUCCAAUGCCAAAACACCAAAGGGCUGCAGAAGUCAUGAGAUGAAAAAGGUGGAGUAGCCUCAGGCUUCCAGCAUGUGGUGACCAACGACACGAAUAUCCAACGUCUGCUGCACGUUAAAGGUCGUCAUAACAUCAGAGCCAUGGAGGUGGACAUGUCCUGGGCUAGCUUCAACAAAGGAGACUGCUUCAUCAUUGACUUGGGAAAGACCAUCUACCACUGGUCUGGAAGUGAAAGCAAUCGCUUCGAGCGGCUGAAAACCACUGAGCUGGCCAUCGAUAUCCGCAACAAUGAGCGAAAGGGCCGUGCUGAAAUAGAAAUGAUUGAAGAAGGCUCCGAGCCAGAAGCCGUCAUUAAAGUGCUUGGGCCCCUGCCCAAGCUCCCAUCAGGAAGCAGUGACGAUGUAUCCACCGAUAAGAAGAACAAGAACCAGGCAUCUCUCUAUUUGAUUUCUGAUGCUACUGGCUCCAUGAAGGCAACUGUGAUAGCUGAAAAAAACCCCUUCAAACAAAACAUGCUCUCCCAGAGUGAAUGCUACAUCUUGGACAACGGAGGAGACAAUAAGAUAUUCAUCUGGAAAGGGAGGAAUGCAAAUGCAGAUGAGCGCAAAGCAGCUUUGACUGCUGCAAACAAGUUCAUCAAAGACAAGAAUUACUCUCAGAAUACUCAGGUCCAGGUAAUGCCAGCAGGGGCUGAGACCACCCUGUUUAAGCAGUUCUUCUUCAACUGGUUGGACAAGGAUGAGACCACAGGCCCAAGUAAGGCCUACACCAUUGGUAGCAUCGCUCGGGUGGAGCAGAUUCCCUUCGACUCCUCCAAACUCCACAGCGACAACGUCAUGGCUGCCCAGCACGGCAUGGUGGAUGAUGGCUCUGGGAAAGUCAAGAUUUGGCGUGUGGAAGGAGGAAAAAAUGUUCCUGUGGACCCAUCCACUUAUGGACAGUUCUUUGGAGGUGACUGUUACCUGGUGCUGUACUCCUACAACGUGGGAGGCAGAGAGAAGCAUAUCAUCUACACCUGGCAGGGGCAGAAUUGCACUAAGGAUGAACUGGCCGCUUCAGCCUUUCUCACAGUCAACCUGGACGAUUCCAUGGGUGGAGUAGCUACCCAGGUUCGUGUCACUCAGGGCCAAGAACCCCCUCAUCUUGUGAGCGUGUUUAAGGACAAGCCUUUGGUCGUCCACUUGGGUGGGACGUCCCGCGAGAGUGGCGAGAGCAAGCCUGGCAGCACGCGGCUCUUCCAUAUCCGCCAGAGCUCCAACAAAGCCACACGGGCUGUUGAGGUGAAGCCCACUGCCUCCUCUCUGAACACAAAUGAUGUGUUUGUGCUGAAGUCACCUGAGUCCCUGUUCCUGUGGAAGGGAAAGGGAGCAACUCCGGAGGAGAUCACUGCAGCUAAGUAUGUUGCUGGCCUGCUCGGAGGAACUGCCACUGUGGUGGAGGAGACCAAGGAACCAGCUGGUUUCUGGCAACCGCUGGGUGGGAAGAAGGACUACCAGACCUCCAAGACCCUGCAGGGGAUGGUCAGGCGUCCACGACUGUUUAGCUGUUCAAACAAAACUGGCAGGCUGAUAGCGGAGGAGGUGCCCGGUGAGUUCACACAGAUGGAUCUAGCAACCGAUGAUGUCAUGAUUCUGGACACCUGGGAUCAGAUCUUCGUUUGGGUCGGAAAGGACGCCAACGAGGCCGAGAAAACUGGAUCACUCAAGAUUGCCCAAGACUAUGUGAAUUCGGACCCCUCUGGCCGUAGCGGUAUCCCCAUCAGCACCAUUAAGCAGGAGGAGGAGCCACUCUCCUUCAUCGGAUGGUUCCAUGCCUGGGACCCUAAGAUAUGGAGCAAAGAUCCUUUGCAGUGGAUGCAAGACCGUAUCAAAAAGCAUUAGUAGAAAAACUAAAAGCAGUAGCCUCUGCAAGACACCUGCAAAGAUCUAUUACUUAUCAUGUAUUGUUGGAGAAUAAUCAACCUGUAUGAUAUCGUAAGUUUGGAUUUUUAAAGUUCUGUGUGGGUGGAGAGCAGCUUAGAGAUGCAUUGAGCAUUAAAGCUUUUUUUUUUUUUUUUAAAUAACACAACAAAUUCUGAAGUAAGAAUCAAAUUGUGACAUAAGAAAAAUACAGACAUAAUCUUAUAAUUCCACACUCAUUUUCUAAAACAUAUAGAAUCAAACCUUUGAUACGAAGGUUUGUGCAAUUUCCUUUGCAGCUUGUUUUCAUUCUUUCGUAUGCAUUAAAACAAUAAGCUGACAAGUGUUGAUGAUCCAGUGAAAAACCAUGACGCACUUUUUCUACCACAUUUCUACCAAGUUCAGUGUGGCCUUAUGGAAAUGUUUUUAAUUCACAUAUGUCACAGAUGAGAUACUGAUGAGAUACAUUUUAAACGUCACAAAUUUAUUUUGGUUUGCAACAAAAAUGUAUGUAUAUGUAUACGUAAAGUUUCCCUAGUUCCCUAGUUUGCAAAGACAAAUUUAGAUUGUGAAAUUCAGAAUUUUAAUAAAGAUAUGACCUUUUUUGAAAGUCA